AUGUUGAGCGAUGGCCGACGUUUAUUCUUUACUUUUAAUCACCGUUCUCCAUCUAUACAAUGGUUGUUGGCCACUCUUUCCUGUGGCACAGCCCUCGGACUUUUAUUGCAGAAACUCCAAGUGUUUGAGGCAAAUCGAAUGCAGCAGCAAUUGUUGUUUGAAAACUUUAUUUUGAUGAAAACAUUCUUCUCAGCUGUUGUCAGUGGAAUCUUUGUCUGCAGCAUUUUAAGCAUGUUGCCACACACCAACCAGAUGCUGAGGGCAACUAUGGCCUGGUACCCACUGAAUUUUGAAAACAGAAGUUACACUUCUUGUGCCCUGGGUGGAACACUUUUGGGUUCAGGAAUGGCACUUUCAGGCGCAUGUCCAACCACUUUGUUUGUUCAGCUUGGUUCAGGUGUUCCCAAUGCAGUCUGGGUGCUUGCUGGAGGAUAUUGUGCUACAGUCACCUUUGACAUUCUCAGACCAGUCAUCAGUAACUGCUUAUUCCGGAGAAAAUGUCUUGUACCUUUUUACUUACAUCGAUGGAUGAUGACACCCUAUUUUAAUGUUUCCCUUCCAAUUGCUGUUAUGCUGGCCACUGCAACGUUUUCCUUGGAACUCUGGAAACCUAAAGAAUCUCAUCCAGUCCUUGUCCAAGAAUUACAACCAACUCCAGUUGCAUGGUCCCCAUAUAUUGUUGGAAUCUUAAUUUCAUUGCUUCACUUGUCCUUGAUUGGAAUUUUUUACAGAUUUAUCACCAACAGUGAUGUAUUUACAAUUGUCAAUGAUUCAUUUCUCUACCUGCUGAAAAACAGACGGCUCCCAUCUAACAUCUUUCCUAUUUUCUUCAAUUUGGGAGUCACUCUUGGAGCAUAUUUAUCAUCAUUCUUCUCUUCUCAACCAGCAGUUUGGGAAAUUCCUUCGUGGUACCAGUCUUUCUUUGGAGGAAUGUCUGUUUUCUUUGGUUCCAAACUUGCAGCAGGUUGUUCUGUUGGUCAUGGUGUGUCUGGGAUGAUGGCCCUAUCAAAACUGUCUUUGUUUGUGAUUCCAUUUUUUUGGUUAGGAGGAUUCUUCAUGGCUUCUUUCCUCACAGCCACAAUCUAA